UUUGUACACUUCGUAGGAGACUUGCGACUGGAUUGGGGCUCACGUUCCAGAAACGUUCGAGAGAAAUUCGAGUCUUCUCAAAUUUCCCACCUUUUUAUACCCCUUUUUCUUCGAUUACCCAUAUGUUCAAUUUUACGAUUCUAGGGUUUCAUCUUUCGUAGAUAAUUUUAGCUAGGGUUUUUUUAGGAGAUUUGAUUUGUUUUUCGUAGCUUUCAACGAUAUGAGGAAGAAGCUGGAUACGCGAUUCCCUGCCGCUCGAAUUAAAAAGAUAAUGCAAGCAGAUGAGGAUGUCGGGAAGAUUGCUAUGGCUGUUCCUCUUCUAGUAUCUAAGGCUUUGGAAUUAUUUCUACAAGAUCUUUGUGACCGAACAUAUGAAGUCACUCUUCAAAGGGGAGCAAAGACUUUGAAUUCUAUGCACUUAAAGCAAUGUGUCCAGAGGUUUAAUGUGUUUGACUUCUUGAGAGAUAUUGUUGGUAAGGUUCCUGAUCUUGGUGGUUCAGAUGCUGCAGGAGAUGAAAGAUCUGCAACUAAACGAAGGAAAGUUGCUGAUGAUGAUCAUAAUGAUGGCGAUGAAGACUCAAAAAGGGAUAAACCGAUAGAUCCUCUCCAUGCAAAUGGCAGUAGUCGAGGAAGGGGCAGGGGCAGGGGCAGAGGCCGGGGCAGAAUCAGUCGGGCAGAAAGAGAAUCACAUUUAGCAGCAGCAGCAUCUAGUCACGAACACGAUUCCGAUUCCGCCAAUAAACAAAAACCAAUCCCUGAUUCCAUUGAAGACACCGAUUCCAAACGAAAUCACAUCACAGGAAUUGUAAAAACCGAAUACACAGUCAAAGUUAGGAACUUUGACCUCAACUUAGACUUAGACGAGAACGGCGACACUCCGGUGGUAUCCCCGACACCUGUUAUUCCGGCGGACCCAAUUCCGGCUGGCCCGCCACCGGAACCGGAAUAUCCGGGGUGGUCGUUGGCGGAAGUGGAGAAAAUGGCGAUUGAUCCGGUCCAGCUUGCUAACUUGAAUAGUGGAGUAGAUGAAGAUGAAGAAGAUUAUGAUGAGGAAGGAUGAAUGUUUUUCUUGACUGAAUCCUCGUACAGUUGGUUUAAAGGGUUUCUUGUUUUCGUGUUUAGUGGAAUUGUAUAUGCUAACUUUAGGUAGCGUAGACAGACAGAUAGACAGGCAGACAGAUAGACAUGGAAACUAGGAAACAAGAAGUUAGGGAAGAAGAUUGAAACAAGUAGGGUUUGUUUGUUUCUUAUUUUUAUUUUGUGGUCUAGUAUAUGGUGCAAGAUCUUCUUGCAUUGUGAAUGUAAAUAGUAGAUGAAAGAAUUUCUUGUGUAGUGUUUGGUAGGAUGGAAUUGGGAAAUGAAUGGAAUCUUUUAGUGAUUCAUUC